AUGGCAAAAUUUGUUCCCAGACAGCGCAAGCACAGGGUGCUGGCCCGUGAGCGAGCCAAAGAAAAUGCCCGCCACGAUGUCCCAGACUCCAACCAAGAAAUCAUCGACUCGACCGACAAGCAAGAAUGGGCGGACAAGCGCGCACGCAUGAAGGAGGAGCUCAAGCAGGAGGCUGGGAAAAUGAGCUCGAAGAAAGCCAAGCGUCUCGAAAAGUACAUUGACACCAAGCUUCGCAAGGACGAGAACCGAGAGCUGCUGGCCAAACUGGCAUCAACAAAGGUCGACACGAGUUUAUUCUCGAGCAGCAAAUCUCUAGGUCAAGGCCGUGAGACUAAGAAGCAGAGUCUGUCAAGAGCACUGAGAGAAGCUCGAGCUGGAAUUGAGGACGAAGACGAGCUUCUGGAGGAAAGGCACGAGGCAGUUGAAGAUGACAAUAGCGACGAGAAUGACGACGAGCCGGCUGCUGCCUCAAAGCACGCGCCUGUUGCGACAUUGAAAAGCGAAAAGAAGUCCACAGAUACCGAAGCUGGCCCCACACAAACACCAACCGCAAUAGGAUCCGGCUUGAAGCGACCGCUCGAUGUCGACGAAGAUGGAAGACCGGUGAUUCAGAAGCGACGAAAACGAGGCGGCGUCAAAUCUAAAGUCACUGCACCUGUCGAAUUACCCUCUUCAGAAAGCGAGAGUGAGAACGAUGAGGACGAGUGGAAUGGCAUAAGUGACGACGGUGACGACGAGCCGCAAGACGAAGACGAAAAUGACGAGGAGGACUCUGUUGAAGAUGACAGUGACGACGACGAGGACGACGACGAGGAUGAUGAGGAAGAUGAAGAGACAAGUGCGCAAAAAUCGCAAAGAUCCUCCAUCUUCAAAGCCUGGGCAACACAACAGCGUAACGAAGCCCUAGGAUUCAACCCAAAUGAUCCGACAACAAGCAAUAUGGUGAUUCCAAAGCCAGAGAACUUUGUUCCACGGGCUCCUGAACAGGACCCGCUACCCAUGGAGCUACAGCCUACUGAGAAUAUAGAAAGAAAGGCAUUCAGCGUCACUGUCACAAGAACCGCAGAAAUCGAAGAAGCUCGAUUGAAACUUCCAGUCGUUUCAGAGGAGCAGAAACUUAUGGAAGCUAUCCACAACCACAACAUAGUCGUCAUCUGUGGUGCUACGGGUUCGGGUAAGACGACCCAAGUACCCCAGUUUCUGUACGAAGCUGGCUAUGGAGCGAAGGACUCGGAGACACCGGGCAUGAUUGGCGUCACGCAGCCUCGUCGAGUCGCUGCUGUCAGUAUGUCCAAGCGUGUAGCUGAGGAACUGGGCGAUCACUCGUCAGCCGUUGCCUACCAAAUUCGAUUUGAAGGAAAUGUUGACGAUAAGACUGCCGUCAAAUUCAUGACGGAUGGUAUCUUACUCCGCGAAAUUGCCCAAGAUAUUACCCUCAAAAAAUAUUCAGCUGUCAUCAUUGAUGAAGCACACGAACGGAGUGUGAAUACAGACAUUUUGAUUGGUAUGCUAAGCAGAGUCAUCAAACUCCGGGCUGAGCUAGCUGAGGAAGACCCCAAGCUCAAGCCGCUGAAACUCGUCAUCAUGUCCGCCACACUUCGAAUUGAAGAUCUUACCAUGAACCCCAAUCUAUUCCCUACACCUCCUCCGGUUCUUGAGGUGGAAGGCAGACAGCACCCCGUUACAAUGCACUUUGCUCGCAAGACACACCACGACUACGUCGAAGAAGCCUUCCGCAAGAUCAGUCGCGGGCAUAGAAAACUGCCGCCUGGUGGAUUUCUCGUUUUUCUCACUGGUCGCAACGAAAUUCUUCAGCUCAGUGAGCGCUUGAAAACGGCGUUCGGGGGGCUUAGAUCUGCAGCAGGUCCCAAAGUACGGAUAUCAGCAUCUGAAGCACCACUGGAGGUGGAAGACCUCGAUUUCGGUGAUGUUGACGACAACACCUACGAUGAUUUGGACGAGAUAAUAUCGGACGGUGAAGAGGAGGAGGAUGAGUUUGUGAUUGAAGAGGAACAAGAAGCCGCGCCUCUAAAAGCUCAGAUUCUGCCUCUCUACUCGCUCCUGCCUACACGCGAACAGAUGAGGGUCUUUGAGCCCGCACCUGACGGCACGAGACAAAUUAUCCUAGCCACCAACGUUGCUGAAACGUCUUUGACCAUUCCAGGUACUCGAUUCGUGUUUGAUUGUGGUCGAGUCAAGGACCGAAACUACGACCGCCAGAGCGGCGUGCAGAGCUAUGAUAUUGGCUGGAUCAGCAAAGCUAGUGCCAAUCAGCGCGCGGGUCGUGCAGGCCGUACAGGCCCCGGCCACUGCUACAGACUCUACUCGUCUGCUGUAUUUGAGCGCGACUUUGAGGAGUUUGCGGACCCCGAGCUUUUGCGCAUGCCGAUCGAGGGUGUUGUUCUGCAGCUCAAGUCUAUGAAUUUGCAGAAUGUCGUCAACUUUCCCUUUCCCACGCCUCCAGAACGACAUAGCCUGACCACCGCCGAGAAGCUACUGGAAUAUCUUUCAGCAAUCUCAUCCAGCGGCCAGAUUACGCAAAUUGGCCAGACAAUGUCUGUGUUUCCUCUUUCACCCCGAUUUGCCAGAAUUUUACUUGUUGGACACUUGCACGACUGCUUGCCUUAUACCAUUGCUCUCGUUGCUGGCUUGUCUGCCGCGGAAGUGUUCUUACCCGAGGCGCAGGCUGUACCGGCUCUUGCAGCACAGGAAGAGGGCGCGAUCCGCACCAACGCCGACAUUGUGGCCGAGACGAAGCAAGUCAACGCGCGACGCAUGUUCAACGAGGUCCACCGCAACUUUUGCUACCUCGACGACAAGUCUGACGCCAUCAAACUGCUGCAGGUCGUGGGCGAGUUUGCGCACGAGCCCACGGAAGCCUGGUGCGAAAGCCACUUUGUGCGCUUCAAGGUGCUCAAGGAAAUCCAGCAGCUGCGCAAACAAAUCACGGAUCUGCUGCGGACGAAUAUCCCAUCAUUCUCCAGCAUCAAGUACAAAGACAAACUUGACCCGCCAUCUGCCAAGCAGGUGGCUGCGCUUAAACAAAUGGCUGCUGCCGGUUUCAUCGACCAGGUUGCGAUUCGCGCAGACAAGGCCCCUGUGCCCCCCGAGCAGCACCGCAAGCCGAAGCGUGCGAUUGACGUACCGUAUGUACCUCUGAUUCCCCUGCAUGGCGCAUCAAGCGCCGCCAGCGAGAGUGGCCUAGUUUACAUUCACCCGACAUCACCCAUGGCACACCUCAGCAUCCAAGAGUGCCCAGAGUACAUUGUCUACUCGUACCUGCAGCGCGCGACAACGACGGGCGACGGGUCAAAGACGCCCAAGACCAGGAUGCAUGCGCUCACCGACGUCUCGGGCGGACAGCUGGCCGGGCUGGCCAAGGGCACCUCGCUGCUGACCUACGGCAAGCCCAUCAAGGAGACGCGCGCGCCGUCGGCGGCGGUGGACGGCGGCAGCACGCGCGAGUGCUGGGUUAAUCCGUACCUGCGGGCCGAGAACACUGGAGGGCAGGGCUGGCAGCUGCCGGCCAAAAAGGUCAAGCAAAGGAAGAUGGCGGGCAAGGGAUGGGUGGUGGAGUGA